AUGGAAGGCUUGGAAGCCCAAACCAGAGGCGCCGCCGCCGGCGCAUUGAACAGAUUAUUCCUGAUCAUAAGCGCCGCCACGCUCGCCCUCGGCAACUGCGGUGGACCGCUGAUCAUGCGCCUCUACUUCCGCCACGGCGGUAAGCGAGUCUGGUUCUCCAGCUGGCUCGAGACAGCAGGCUGGCCGGUGCUCCUCGUCCCCCUCGCCGUCUCCUACGCGCGCCGCCGUGGCACCGCCGGGAGCGGUAUCUUCCUCAUGAGGCCGCGCGUGUUCGCGGCCGCCGCGGGGAUCGGCGUCCUCACCGGCCUCGACGACUACCUGUACGCCGCCGGCGUCUCCCGGCUGCCCAUCUCCACCGCGGCCCUCGUCGCGGCGUCCCACCUGGCGUUCACGGCGACGUCGGCCUUCCUCAUGGUGGGGCAGCGGUUCACGGCGUACUCGGUGAACGCCGUCGUCCUGCUGUCGGUGGGGGCGGCGGUUCUGGGGCUCCACACGGGCGGCGACCGGCUGGCUGGGGAGUCGGGGAAGAGGUAUAUCCUGGGGUUCUUCAUGGCGCUAGCGGCGGCGGCGAUGUACGGGCUCAUUCUGCCGCUGAUCGAACUGACCUACAAGAAGGCCAGGCAGGCGGUGACUUUCACGCUCGCGCUCGAGAUUCAGGUGGUCAUGUGCUUUUCCGCCACAGCUUUUUGCACGGUGGGGAUGAUAGUCAACGGAGACUUCCAGGCAAUUCCAAGAGAAGCCAAAGCAUUUGAGCUUGGAGAGACAAUUUACUAUGUAGUGGUGGUUGUGAGUGCUAUAAUUUGGCAGUGUUUUUUCCUGGGAAUAAUUGGUGUGAUAUUCUACUCUUCAUCCCUCUUAUCGGGCGUCAUCAUCACCGUACUACUUCCGGUAACCGAAAUAUUAGCCGUAGUUUUCUACCGCGAAAAGUUCCAAGCUGAGAAGGGCCUUUCUCUUUUCCUCUCCCUUUGGGGAUUUGUUUCCUAUUUUUAUGGCGAGGUAAGAGACAGCAGCAACCAGAAAACUGUAACUAAGCAGAAUAAGAGCGAAGAAGAAGAAAUUACUGACCAGCUGCCUGUUCAAAAUGGUGUUGCUCCUUAA